AUGAUCCUAGCCCCCCUCAGCGAGCUCAACGGUCGAUACCCCGUCUUCGUGGUCGCGGGCACGGUGUUUGUCGUCUGCCAGGCGCUCUGCGGCGUCGUUCGAACACUGGCUGGGAUGCUGGUGGUGCGGUUCUUCGUUGGGGCUGGUGCCAGCGUGUUUAGUAGCAUGGUUGGGGGAGUGAUUGCGGAUAUGUGGGAUGCGAGGGAGCGGAAUAUGCCUAUGGCGGUGUUUAGUGGGGCUGUCCUGGCCGGGACGGGCGCAGGGCCUUUGGUGGGAAGUGUUAUGGCUGAGAGACUGGCGGAGGGGAAUAAAUGGAGGUGGGUGUUUUGGCAUCAGGCUGUGGCCGGAGGGUUGCUCAUGGCGGCACUUGCGGUGAUGUGGAGGGAGACGAGGGGUUCGGUUGUGCUUAGCAGGAAGGCGAGGGCUUUGAAUAGAUGGUAUGAAGCACUGGAAGGGAGGGGGUACUACGGAGUGUGGGUUGAGGAGGGGAUGGGGGGGGAGGGAGAUGAGGAGAAGAGGAUGGGGACGACGCAGGAAGGGUCGAAGUUACGCCGUAUUCGCUGGGUCGUGAAGGAAGACGAGGAGCGCGCCUCGCUGGCGACGAUGAUCCGGAUUAGCGUCACGCGACCGUUCCAUCUGCUAUUUACGGAACCAGUCGUCUUCUUUUUCUCCCUCUGGGCCGCCUUCGCCUGGGGCGUGCUGUACCUCACCUUCGGCUCGGUGCCGUACGUCUUUCAGACCGUCUACGGCUGGCCCCUCUCCGGGUCCGGGUACGCUUUUUCUGCGAUGGUCAUCGGCGCUGUUGUGGCAACAGGCAUGGGAAUCUGGCAGGAGAAGCUUCUCCGUCACCCGAAAUGGGCUUCUCCCGCAGAAGAUGGCACAAACAGUUCCGAGGAGAUCCCCUCUCCCCUUCCCAAACUUCCCCCCUCAAAGCUCGACCCCUUCUGGGCUUAUUUAAGAGCCCACUUCCCCCCGUCAACCCCCGAAUCCCGCCUCUACCCCACAUGCCUCACCAGCACGUUAUUACCCCUCGGCCUUUUCACCUUCGGCUUCACCGCCCAACCGCAGCUUUCCCCAGCCGGCCCACUAGUCGGCAUCUUUCUAUCAACACUCGGCAUCUUUAGUGUCUACUUAGCUGUCUUCAACUACUUUGCUGAUACGUAUCAGGGGUAUGCGUCGUCUGCCUUGGCGGCACAAUCAUUUUGUCGGAAUGUGUUGGGCGGCGCGUUUCCCCUGGUGACGAGGAGACUGUAUGGGGAUUUGGGGCCCGUGAAGGCGGGGGCGGUUUUGGGGGGUGUCGCGGUGGUGUUAACGGGGGUGCCGUGGGUUCUGGUACUUUUGGGAGAGGGGGUUAGAGGGAGGAGUGGGUUUGCUAAGAAACUCGUUCACACAUAA